CUCUCUGGCCUAUUCCUCUUUUGUAGAAUGAGAAAUGUAUUAUCUCUUUGGAGUGAGAGGCUUUGAGAGAAUGCAAAGUGGCAUAUCGUACAUACCUGUUAAUAUAGCAUGCACUCAAUAAAAAGUUAUCAGCUUGGUUGCUACAGUUCUACCCUGUUAGGCAUUGUCUCUGCAGUUCCACUUACCCAACUGCCUUCUAUUUAUAUUUUUUCCAUCUCCAGGCCCUACUGCUGGGCCACUGACUCCCAGCAAUGGAAUCUGGAGGGUAAAUAUCCUGUGCUCCCAAAGCUGUCCUCCUAGAGCCACUCUUGAGUUUGUAUUAGAACCUUUUUUUUUUUUUAAUGUUUAUUUAUUUUUGAGAGAGAAACAGAGGAUCUGAAGUGGGCUCUGUGUGGAAAGCAGAGCUCGAACUCACAAACCAUGAGAUCAUUACCUGAGCCAAAGUCGAACGCUUAACGAAAUGAGCCACCCGGGUGCCCCUGUAUUAAAACUUUUCUGGAGUUCCUGGGUGGCUCAGUCAGUUAAGCUUCUGACUUCUGCUCAGGUCAUGAUCACUCAGUUCGUGAGCUCAAGCCCCACGUCAGGCUCUGUGCUGACAGUUCAGAGCCUGGAGCCUGCUUCAGAUUCUGUCCCCCUCUCUCUCUGCCCCUCCCCUGCUCACACUCUGCCUCUUUCUCAAAAAUAAACAUUAAAAAAAAAAACCUUUUCUAACCCCUUUCUCUCAUCACUCCCAACUCCAACCUCCAGCCCUACCUCCCACAUAAACACUUACACACACACUACCACUGCCUUCUAGGCUGUUGGCUAACCUGAAGUUCUACAUUUCCAAACCAAUUAUUCAGCUGUAGCCUCCUGGGUUUGGACUUUGUUUCUGUUUUGGUGAGGAAAGAAAAACAAACAAACAAAAAAAAAACGACAACAAAAAAAACCCCUGACCUUUUCAAGGUAGCACAAAGUAUAAAAUUAGGAUUAUAUUUGAAUUUAAACUUGUCUUUAUUAUUCCUACUAUAAAUAAUAAUAUCUAGAGUGCUUUUAUUUUCCUCAUUAUAAAUAUAGUAUUGAGCAGAUUUUGACAUGUUCUUGAUUAUUACUUGCUGCUUUCUGAAAAAACGUAAGAUGUUAACAUUUGGAAAAUCUAGGUGAAGGUAUACAGGAAUAUCUGUGUGUGUUUUCUGUCCAUCUGAAAUUAAUUUCCAGAGAAAAAGUUAAAAUGUCUCAUUCCUGAAUAAUUAUAAAUUGUUCAACUGAAAAACAUGCUUGAGAUCAUUGAAAUAUGAUUAUAUAGGACUCAGGGCCCAUUAUCAACAGUUUAUAUUUUAUUUGGGAGACUAGAUUAUGCAUAUAAUUAAAGGGUAAUAAAAGUUGGUAUUUGAUGAAGUACUUAUGUGAACGUUAAGUCCUACAUGUAUGCGCUAGCAUGUUUGUUGAGGACAUGUUGUUUGAAAUCACCACCAAAACCAGAAGCCCAGUUUCUAAGAAACCUGCGAAACUUUGGACAAUUAAAAAAAAAAAAAAAAAAAAAAAUGGGGGGGAGGGAGAAUUUUUCAAGUGAUGUUGAAAGACCACCUUCCACUUACUAAGCAAGCCUGUAUCAAGACUGUUCAGGUUAAUAAUUAAUGAGAUGUUCCAUUAACAAUUUUAAUGAGAAUCUGAAUAGUGCUCUUAGAAACACCCUUAAGAAUGUUACCAGCAUUCUUUGUUGCAGUUGGCCUAGAGCGGGAUCCCCUGCCCACCUUACAUUAUUUUUGCUUGGGUUUUAGGGGUUUUUUUUUUUCCCUUCAUUUUAUUUACCUCCCUCUGCUUGCACGCUUCAUCACCUCACCCGAACUCUUAAGAACAACAGCUGUUCAUGCUUCGUUUACGGGGAACUCUUGUGACCAUUAGCCUCCCAUAGCUUUACGUGUACAUCCUUGCACCUCAAGAAGAAAUGGCUUGCGCUGAGUAUUCUUUUCACGUGCCAAGUCUUGAGGAGCUUGUUGGAGUUCUGCAGAAGGGCCUCAAAGAUAACUUUGCUGAUGUCCAGGUGUCUGUGGUCGAUUGCCCUGAUUUGACUAAGGAGCCAUUUACCUUUCCUGUAAAAGGCAUCUGUGGGAAAACUAGAAUUGCAGAAGUAGGAGGUGUGCCUUACUUAUUGCCUCUUGCAAAUAAAGAAAAAGUUUAUGAUGUAAAUAAGAUUGCAAAAGAAAUGAAGCUUCCUGGAGCUUUUAUUCUUGGAGCAGGAGCAGGCCCAUUUCAGACUGUUGGGUUCAACUGUGAGUUUAUGCCAAUUAUUCAAACAGAAAGUGAACACAAAUCUCCAGUAAAUGGAAGUUACUUUGCCCAUGUUAACCCUGCAGAUGGAGGGUGCCUGCUCGAGAAAUACAGUGAGAAAUAUCACGAUUUUGGGUGUGCAUUACUGGCUAAUCUUUUUGCCAGUGAGGGCCAACCUGGAAAGGUCAUUGAGGUGAAAGCCAAAAGAAGAACUGGAAAACUUAACUUUGUGACUUGUAUGAGACAGACUCUUGAAAAACAUUAUGGAGAUAAGCCUGUAGGGAUGGGAGGUACUUUCGUAAUUCAGAAGGGAAAAGCGAAGACUCACAUAAUGCCCACAGAAUUUUCUUCCUGCCCUUUGAACUCUGAUGAGGAGGUGAAUAAAUGGUUGCACUUUUAUGAGAUGAAAGCUCCUUUGGUUUGUCUGCCAGUUUUUGUCUCCAGAGACCCAGGGUUUGAUUUGCGAUUGGAGCACACCCAUUGUUUCAGUCAUCAUGGAGAAGGUGGACACUACCAUUAUGACACUACCCCAGACACAGUGGAAUAUCUUGGAUACUUCUUGCCUGCAGAGUUUCUGUAUCGCAUUGAUCAACCAAAAGAGACCCAUUUAAUUGGGCGAGAUUAAAUCAAAUGAAAAAGAAAUAAUUAAGGUUAAGUAGUCAACUCAUUAAUUGAUACUAAUAUAAAAUCCAGUAGAAAUGAUCUCACGACUUAAAUCCCAUUGUUUUGGCCAUUAACUGAAAGGUAUGUUGACCUCUGUACUCUGUAUUAUCUGAUAUAUCUUAGAGAUUAUUGGGAACCAACAUACAUAAUGAAAAUGUUCAUUUUUUUAUUCUUUAUUCACAGCAAAAUCAGUCUUAUGUUUAUACCUUAAAUAUAACAUGAUCAGGAAUCAUGUGAUUAUACCUACUAUCUACUGGUAAUAACUUAUAUUUGUAUAACAUUAUUAAAUUUUUCAAAAUACUCUCACAAGUCCUAAGUGGAUGUUUCUGGGUAUUAGAAAAAUCAGUGUUGCAAAUGCUGAUAGUUAUUGAAUCUAUAGUAUUAAAUUUUAAAAAUCCAUUUCAAAAAUCAGAGUAUACUUUUUUAUUUUCGUGGAAUAAGGUGGGCAGAGGAAGCAAGUUUCCCCCUUUUGGUGGGGUUGAACCAUACUCAGGAGUUCGCAAUUUGACUUUCACAAACAUUGUCAACUAGGUGGUUAGCCAUGAUGCCUCCUUUGUUUGGGUUGCCAGUUGGAAGCAGUUUGUAUCUUGCCGGCUAUUUGCCAGAAGGAAAGGGAAAAGAAACAUCCAAAUACAACACUGAAGUGGGUAUACUUUAAUUUAUAAGUGAGGCCGUUGGUACACACGACACUGUCCUUUGUGAAAUAAAAAAUUAUACUCUUUUACUGAUUGAAAUUGUUGACAUUAUCCUCAGUAUUCUUCUUUAAUAAUCAUUAGCCAGAAAUCAACUGUCUAAUCGUAAUCUUGCUAAUGCUAAGCAUGUGCAGAUUUAGGAGCUCUUUAAUAGCAAACACAUACUAAAUCUUCAAAAAAUAUUUUUUGAUUGUCUUCUUUGGAUGUUACCUAUAACCUGUCCUGUGAGUAGAAAUUUGUAAAUGUUAUUUUUACAAGAAGCACUAGUUUGAAGCAAAAAAUGAAUAAAAAGUGUAUAUUCACAAUA